AAAAUAAUGAAGAUAGGUCCACUAUGGCUUCCAGCACUGUCCCGGUGAGCGCUGCUGGCUCGGCUAAUGAAACUCCCGAAAUACCGGACAACGUGGGAGAUUGGCUUCGGGGCGUCUACCGCUUUGCCACUGAUAGGAAUGACUUCCGGAGGAACUUGAUACUAAAUUUGGGACUCUUUGCUGCGGGAGUUUGGCUGGCCAGGAACUUGAGUGACAUUGACCUCAUGGCACCUCAGCCAGGGGUGUAGCCAAACAAAUGGAAUCCUGUGCUGAACCCG